AUCCGUUGUAGGGUUAUUCGGGCCUGUAUCCCGGCAUGGGCCCGGAAGUUGUUUUGGAUUUCAGGUAGAAGAUCCCGGAGAUGCUGCCUUCGCUAGGGAAAACAAACAGAGAACCAGCGAAAUAAAUACGUUAACCGUAGUCAACCGCCAGUUAGCUGGUGCAGUGAUAAUGAAUGCUGAUGACUGUAAUGGACGAUCUUAUAUGUCAGGCAGUGGAGACUCGUCAACAGAGCGUGAGUUUUUCGCAGGGCUGAGGGGACCCACCGUAAGCACCCCCAACAGCCAGCACUCCUCACCCAGUCGCUCGCUCAGUGCUAACUCUAUCAAGGUGGAGCUCUACAGUGAUGAAGAGGCUGGCGGAGCCCCUCCAUCAGAGAAGAGAGGGGGAGAGAGGGAAGAGGGAUGGAAGGAGGAGAAGGGUGACGCGGCGGAGGAGGGGGCCGGCGAGACAGGGGUCGGCGUGAGGGCCCAGGUGGGGAGCGGCUAUGGGGAGAUGACCAGCCCGGAGUCGGUCUCGCCAGGACCCAUCCGGCUGCCCAACGGCAAGCUGAAGUGUGAUGUGUGCGGCAUGAUCUGCAUCGGGCCCAACGUCCUCAUGGUGCACAAACGCAGCCACACGGGUGAGCGGCCUUUCCAGUGUAACCAAUGUGGGGCCUCCUUCACACAAAAGGGCAACCUGUUGCGCCACAUCAAGCUGCACUCAGGGGAGAAGCCCUUCAAAUGCCCCUUCUGUAACUAUGCCUGUCGUCGCCGAGACGCCCUGACUGGCCACCUCCGCACCCACUCUGUAUCGUCCCCCACUGUAGGAAAGCCCUACAAGUGCAGUUUCUGUGGCCGCAGCUACAAGCAGCAGAGCACACUGGAAGAGCAUCGGGAGCGCUGCCACAGCUACCUACAGAGCCUGGACCACCAGCCUGCACACAGCACCCAGACCCAGGGAGAGGAGAACCGGAACAUGGAUAUGGUUACUGACCCCUUGCUCCAGCCCUCCACUGACAAGAUGACCUUCAUUGACCGUCUGGCCAACAGCAUUACCAAGAGAAAGAGGUCGACGCCCCAGAAGUUCUUAGGAGAGAAGCACAUGCGACUGAACCUGUCUGAUGCACCUUACGAACUCACCUCCAGCCCUGAGAAGGACAGGGGGGACAUGCUGGGGUCCGACCACGGCCCCCUGGGCCGCCUGGGGGGCCGCUACCUGCGUGGGCAGCGGGUGGGCGUGGGCGAGACCGGAGAGGAGGCCGAGCCCAGGCGUCCACUGCGCCUGCCGCCGUCCCACGCGCCGUGCCUGUCCGAGUUCCCCCCCAUCAUCGGCUCGGUGUACUCCUCCCACAUGGCGCCCUCCCUGGGCCCGAGGAUGAACUGUGUGUCGGCCUCCGGGGCCGGCGGCGGUGGCAUGGGGCUGGCGGGUCUGCCAGGGAGGGAGGCCGGCGAGGGCCACGAGGACGCUCCCACCAGCCGGAGCCACACCACCAUGGCGGCCGCCGCAGAGUCCCCCAGCAACGGCUGCCACGACUCCACAGACACGGAGAGCAUGGCAGAGGAGCAGUGCGGUGGGGGAGGUGCCGGUGGCGGCACCGGUGGCCAGGGGGGCAGCCACCACAACACCCCACUCCGAGGCUUCCGAGACCGCCACUGCAGCCCCAGCCACGCCAAAGACAUUGACCUCGAGUCGGAUCGGGAUAGGGAGCGCGAACGCGAGCGUGACCGAGUCCGAGAGAGGGAGCUGGGCCUGGCCGUGCCCCAGGCGGCCUCCUCGCUGGCCGCGACCCCAGCGGGGGUCAAGGAGGGCAGCCCGCGCUCGCCCCCCUCUUCCUCCUCGCUGCCCUGUCGGGAGGCCCUGCAGGUGGUGGACGGGGAGGGCCGGCAGGUGCGCUCCUUCCGCUGCGAGCACUGCCGCAUCCUCUUCCUGGAUCACGUCAUGUUCACCAUCCACAUGGGCUGCCAUGGCUUCCGCCAGCCCUUCGAGUGCAACAUCUGCGGCCACCGCAGCCAGGACCGCUAUGAGUUCUCCUCGCACAUUGUUCGCGGGGAGCACCAGGUGGGCUGAGCAGAGGAGAUGAUGUAUUCUUGGCUGGGCGGGGUGGUGUGGGCCUGGGACCAGGGAUGGGGGUGGGAAGGGGCUUGUGGGGAAGUUGCCUGCUGCUUUGACACGACAUGGCGGGAUGGUUUGGUCUGCACCAGCUCAGGGGUGAGGGUGGGGUGGGAUGAGGGGAACAUUUAGCCCUUGCUGUCUUUUAAUUGUUAGUGGACAUCAGGUUUUACUGUUGAAGGCUAACCGAUCGGGUGAGGUCAGGUCACUAUGUCUUGCACAGCAAGGCAUCUGCUGGCUGCUGCUGUGGCUGCUGCUGCUGCUGCAAGUCAGAGUGUUCGUGAAGGAUCAGAGCGAUGGUCCAGAACGGGUGGGGAGGGAAGAGGGACGGGGGGGGGGGGGGCCCAAUCACACCCUCUGACUGCACUCCCAAAACAACUCAUGAGGCAAGACGCUGCUGUUUUGCUUUAGAAGUGCCUUCCUACAACGGAGUUUACCUUUUAAUCGGUGAGGGCUUAGGGGCGGUAGGAAAAUGUGGUGCUUGUUUCGCUGCUAAAGGAGUCUGUGAUGCGCUGGUAGUGUGUGUGUGUGUGUGUGUGUGUGUGUGUUUUAGACAAGAAUGAAAGGGAGGGAAUUUCCACUCUUAGUGGAAAAUGCUCAAAGCAUAUCAGUUUUGAGUCAGACUGCACGUUUUGUUUUUAAAUCACAGAUUGUGUGAAAUGAAAUGAGAUGAAUAGAGGAAAGGAGAUUAUGGAGGUUGUGUCUAAUUAAGGAGUGUAGGAUGAGUGUUUGGAAAUCAGAGUGUCUUUGGAAGGAAAGCGGUGAAAGAAAUCCAGUAGCCAUAGAAGUGGGAGUAUGUGUUAUGCCUUAAACAUUUGCUUCACAUACACCUUGUUAUAAUUCCCAGAUGUAUACAUGCACAGUGUUGGAAAUGUGAUGAUAAUGUCUUCUUAGGCGAAAUGCUGGAGAUUAAAAGUGGUCGACUAUCAACACAUCACCGCUGUCCGAGGAACUUGCCCUUGCACAGUGGGGUCGUUCCAGUGGUCUUUUAAUAUUUUUGUGUAUUUUGUGUCAGUGUUGUGUUGCAUGAAAGGAACUAUUUUUGCCUUAGUGAUGGAGCAUGGUGGCAGAGGGAACCUUUUUUUUUUUCUCCUGAUGGACUGUUAGUUAGAUAGGGCCUGCUUAUUCCUUGUGCCUCGAUUUCAUGAUUGUUAACUUUGUAAUGUUGUCGGUGUUGUGGCGCUUCAAAGGGUGAUUCUUUCACGUGGCUGUCGGAGAGAAUUGUUUUGUCCUUCAGCAGAGCGGAAAGCCCCUGACAUUACCAGCCACUGCUUGUGGGCCAGCCAGUCCAACGUACAAGUACCAGGGGCUUCGUUCCCAUGCUCACAGCCGUACGCUUGCUUCUCGUCUCUUUCUUUUCCUCCUGUAGUAACUUAUCUUUCCAAUUUUUGUGAUAUUCUCCCUUAAUCUGGGCUGUGAAGAGUGGCUCUGGGUUCAGCCCCACGUUGAAAGAUGAAGAGGGAAAAGGAUGGAAAGGUGUGUGUGUGUGUGUGUGUGUGUGUGUAAUAGACAGAGAGAGAGAGGGCAUGAGGACAUGAGGAGCCUUAAUCCACUGGUGCAGAUCAAACACACUGCCGUGUCUGGGUGAUGUGGGUUCUGAGGGAAGAGGGGGAGGGGCCAUUACCUCUAUGGAGGUUUGCACUUUCUAACUCUCUGCUCAAAUGUGAGUGUUUCUUUAAUUUUUUUGUUCUUUUGUUUCGUUGGUUUGUUUGGCUCAAGGAUGUCGAGGUACUCUUUUCUUCUUUUUUUUAGGCUUUGGAGUUUGAGAUCAUAAUGACUUGACUGAGCUUUGGAACAUAUUCUCUUUUUUUCCUGAAAUUGCUCUAUUGCACUGAUUUCUGAUAUUAAAAAUGCUAUUUAGAAACCAA